AUGAAGGUCGCAAACGUCGCGCUGCGCGCUCUGCAGCUCCUCAUCACAAUCAUUAUCAUGUCUCUUGUCGGAAACAUGAUCGCCAUGGGCGCCUCUCCAGCCGUCGUCAACUACGUUAUGUUCUGCGCUGUUAUCGCCCUGCUCGCACUCCUCUACCUUCUACCCGCUGCCGUCACCGAUGGAUUGAACUUCCACGCCGCUCUGCCAACUGCUCUCGAUGGCGCAAUCGUUCUCUUCUGGUUCUGUGCUGCCGUCGCACUCGCCGCUGAGCUCGGUGUCCACAGCUGCAGCAACCGCGACUACGUCACCAGCAACAAGGUCAUGCGCGGUGCCAGCCAGGAGUCAUCCGCUUGCCGUGAGGCUCAGGCAGCAACCGCUUUCCUUUGGUUCGGAUGGGUCACAUUCGUCGGAACUCUCGCCAUGAGCGCCAUGGGCUUUAAGUCUGGCGGUGGUGCCUCCGGUGGCAUCCGACGUGGACCUGCAAUGGCUCAGGUUUAG